CCUCGCAAUCCGCGGCCUCACCCGCCGCCGCGCCCGCCAUGCCCUCGGCCAAACAAAGGGGCUCUAAGGGCGGCCACGGCGCCGCGAGCCCCUCGGAGAAGGGCGCCCACCCGUCGGGCGGCGCGGAUGACGUGGCGAAGAAGCCGCCGCCGGCGCCGCAGCAGCCGCCGCCGCCCGCGCCGCACCCGCAGCAGCACCCGCCGCAGCACCCGCCGCAGCAUCCGCAGAACCAGGCGCACGGCAAGGGCGGCCACCGCGGCGGCAAGUCCUCCUCCGCCGCCGCCGCUGCCGCCUCGUCCUCGGCGUCCUGCUCGCGCAGGCUCGGCCGGGCGCUCAACUUUCUCUUCUACCUCGCCCUGGUGGCGGCGGCCGCCUUCUCGGGCUGGUGUGUCCACCACGUCCUGGAGGAGGUCCAGCAGGUCCGGCGCGGCCACCAGGACUUCUCCCGGCAGAGGGAGGAGCUGGGCCAGGGCUUGCAGGGCGUCGAGCAGAAGGUGCAGUCUCUUCAAGCCACAUUUGGGACUUUUGAGUCCAUCUUGAGAAGCUCCCAGCAUAAACAAGACCUCACGGAGAAAGCUGUGAAGCAGGGGGAGAGCGAGAUCAACCGGAUCAGUGAAGUUCUGCAGAAGCUCCAGAACGAGAUUCUCAAAGACCUCUCUGACGGCAUCCACGUGGUGAAGGAUGCCCGGGAACGGGACUUCACAUCUCUGGAGAACACGGUGGAGGAAAGGCUGACGGAACUCACCAAGUCCAUCAACGACAACAUCGCCAUCUUCACCGAGGUCCAGAAGAGGAGCCAGAAGGAAAUCAACGACGUGAAGGCGAAGGUUGCCUCUCUGGAAGACUCUGAGGGGUACAAGCAGGAUUUGAAAGCCUUGAAGGAAGCUGUGAAGGAAACACAGGUCUCUGUGAAGUCCAGAGAAAAAGACAUCGAGGCCCUGAGAAGCACCCUCCAGACCUUGGAGUCUGACGUCUACACGGAGGUCAAGGAGCUGGUGAGCCUCAAGCAGGAGCAGCAGAAGUUCAAGGAGGCGGCCAAUUCGGAGCACCUCACCUUGCAGGCCCUCACAGAGAAGCUUCUCCAGUCCGAGGAGGUGACCUCCCGCCUUCCUGAGGAGAUCAGGAGACUCAAGGAGGAGCUGCGCCACCUGGAAACAGAGGCCCUCAGGCCGGAAGAAGAUGGGGUUUACAAGCACGCUGGCUCCUUAGCCGCGCUCCAGGAGAAGAGUCAGGGAUUGGACUCCAGGCUCCAGACCGUGGAAGAUGGCGUGGAUGCCGUGCAGACGGCCUCUGCGCGCCACAGCGAGAACCUGGAGGCCCUGCUGGCCAAGAGCGAGGAGCACGAGCAGCGCCUGGCCGCCCUGCAGGAGCGCGUGGCCGGCCUGGGCCCUUCGGAGGCCGACGCGGGGGGCCUGGCCAGCACGGUGAGGAGCCUGGGCGAGGCCCAGCUCUCGCUCUACAGCGACGUGGAGGAGCUGAAGAGAAGCGUGGGCGAGCUCCCCAGCACCGUGGAGGCUCUCCAGAAGGUGCAGGAGCAAGUCCAUACGCUGCUGGGCCAGGACCCGGCCCGGGCGGCCCCCUUGCCUCAGGACUUCCUGGACAGACUCUCUUCUCUAGACAACCUCAAAGCCUCAGUCAGCCAAGUGGAGUCGGACUUGAGGAUGCUCAGGACUGCCGUGGACAGUUUGGUCGCGUACUCAGUGAAAAUAGAAACCAACGAGAACAAUCUGGAAUCCGCCAAGGGCUUGUUAGAUGACCUGAGAAAUGACCUGGAUAGGUUGUUCCUGAAAGUGGAGAAGAUUCAUGAAAAAGUCUGAGGGAACGCGCGUGCAGGGUGCAGAGUUGAUCCAGUUUCUCAUGACCAAAAAAUGGGUUGUUUUCUCCUGUGCACUCUACGCCCCCCCCCACCCCGUUCUUGUUCUCUCUUAAAAAGCAGUGCCCUUCCCCGCCCCCAAGGCCCGAACACCAAGGCAUUUUAUAUUUUUGUGCCCAGUUAACUUAUUUACGAUUAUUACCACACACCAUUGGUUUCUCAAGUUCUCUGCUUCUGCUUUUGGUUGGUUUCCUCAAGGCCCGGCCCCUGCUAGUCAGAGGGGCCUUCUGGGAGGGAUGGCUCUAGUGUCCGAGAAGAAUGGCUUCAACUGGGGAUUAGCAGAAGCAGAUUACGUGGGACCUCACAAAACCUUGCCUGCCUGGCAGAUUUCAAGUAAAAAAAGUCGGGGGAGGAGGCACUUUUCUUUCUCAUUCUCUUUAAGGACAAUUAAUUUUACUUUUUUUUUUUUUUUUUAAUACUUCUGGCCGAAGUUUAAAUGAGCUGCCGCUCACUUCUUGUCUUCCACUUAAACUGGUUAAAAUUUACAAGUGUCAGCUCCGAUUUGGGAGGGGGACAAGCCCCUUGGUUUUUAGUUGAUAAGAACCAGCUGCUUGACUUGAUGGCCACCUCCCGUGGUAUGGGGAGCUGUGGGGUCCCGUUUCCAUUCCUGAAUCAUCUUGUGAUCUCCAAGGUAACUAUGCAAAGAAUCCAGAUGGUUCUGAAUGUGAAAGCCACAGCACUUCAGAGUCCCCUGUGGCCAGCCUGCGUCACCUGUCACCUCUCGGUAGAGUCCCCGAAUCCCGGAAAGGGGACUCUUUGGAAUCCUUCAGGAAACGUGUGAUGAGAGCGGUCCACAAAGGCAUGGGCUGUCUCCCUGGAGAAUGGAGGCCAUGUGUUUUUAUUUUCUCAUGAUGUCCAUGAAGAGGUUUGCUGUCCCAGCAGACCCCCAUCUGUCAGUGAGGAAGAAUGUGCAUUUUCUGUAGUUUUUUGCUGUUUCCCUUCGAGCUGUACUGUUCUUUAAUGGCUGUCUUGCCUUUCAAAAAAGAAGAAAAAAAGAAAAAAAAGAAAAUUAAGAGAAAAAAAGGUUUGUUUAGUUUACUGUGAAAUGAACUGUAUGGCUUAUUUACAGUAUUUUUAAUUCUUAAUAAACACGAGCUUUGUUACGA